AUGAGCACUGGUAGCGAGAUCGCGCGGACGGCCGCGGAUGUCGUGCUCCUGCGGCCUUCCCUCAACGGCUUGCUAGUGCUGCUGGAUCUUUCCCACGCGGCGAUGCACCGCGUGUACCUUAACUUUGCGUGGUCGUUCGUUUAUAACCUGUUUGCGAUACUACUGGCUGCGGGUGCUUUUGUACACGCACGCAUUGCGCCGCAGUAUGCUGGACUUGGGGAGAUUGUCAGUGUGUUGCCUGUUAUUUUGGUGGCGCUGCAGUUGAGGUUCUUCACGAGGCGGUACGCCAAUGGGCUGGAGUGA